CGUAAUAGUCCCUCUCCUCCGACAGAGAAAAAAAAACAAGGACAUCCAUUGGUCUCUUACUCUUCCUCACAUCUCAUCAUCGAGACUGGCGUCAGGCUGAAAUAUACCCUGACAUUUCUUGAGCUCGAAGCCGAUCGGCGUGCCUGCGUCCCCACCUGGCGCUUGGGUUUGUGUCCAGCCUGCGGGGGAUUGCCGAGCGGCAGGGGCGUGAGAGGCGGAUGCUGCGCGCGUGAAGGCAGGGUACCAGCCAGGAGCAUCACCGCACUCGCCACGAUGGACAGAAUGAAUUUUCUCUCCUUCCUCCUCCUUUGCUUGACUUCGGUUGCCAGUGGCAACAAAGCCAAUAAGCACAAGCCAUGGAUCGAGACGGAGUACCAGGGGAUCGUGAUGGAGAACGACAACACGGUGCUGCUCAACCCGCCGCUCUUCGCCCUGGACAAGGACGCCCCGCUUCACUACGCCGGUGAAAUCUGUGGCUUCCGGGUUCAUAAUGGCCCCUCGGGCUCAGGUUCGGUGCAGUUCGAAGCAGUGGUUCUGGACCGCUCCACCGGCGAGGGUCUGGUCCGGUCCAAGGAGCCGCUGGACUGCGAGAGCCAGCGCGAGCACAGCUUCACCAUCCAGGCGUACGACUGCGGGGAGGGGCCGGACGGCGUGAACAGCAAGAAGUCCCACAAGGCCACGGUGCACGUGCGCGUGAACGACGUCAACGAGUUCUCCCCCGUGUUCGUGGAGCGCCGCUACGAGGCCUCGGUGCCCGAGGGGCGCCUGUUCGACCGCAUCGUGCGCGUGGAGGCGCUGGACGCCGACUGCUCGCCGCAGUACAGCCAGAUCUGCUUCUACGACAUCAUCACGCCCAACGUGCCCUUCGCCAUAGACAACGACGGCAACAUUAAGAACACGGAGCCGCUGGAUUCCAAGCGGCAGCGCGUUCACACCUUCUGGGUGACGGCCUUCGACUGCGGGAAGAACCGCGCCCAGGCUGACACGCAGGUCGUCGUGACGGUCAAGCCGUCCUGCAAACCCGGAUGGAUCGGCUGGACCAAGCGCGUGGAGUACACCCCCGGCUCCGGCAGCGUCCCCCUCUUCCCCAGCCUGCACCUGGAGACCUGCGAGGAGACCGUGUGGAACAUCCAGGCCACCGUCGAGCUGCAGACCGGCCACAUCGGGAAGGGCUGCGACCGGGACAGCUACUCUGACAGAUCCGUGCGCCGGCUGUGCGGCGCCGUCCGGGGGGAGGUGGACCUGCUCCCGCCUCCGUCGCCCGCGGCCAACUGGACCGCGGCUCUGCCCACGCUGCCCUCCUCCGACUCGUCGCUGGUCUUCUCCUUCAACGGCUCCAGCCACGUGGCGGCGGUGCCCGAGCCGGUCGUCGCGGCGCUGUCGGGCGACCACUUCACGCUGCAGCUGUGGAUGCGGAGGGGCGGCGCCAGCGUCCAGCCGGCGACCGCGCCGACCCGGGCCAACCGCAAGGAGGAGGAGACCAUCGUGUGCAGCACCGUCAGGAACGACGACUCCUUCUCCCACUACUCGCUGUCCGUGCACGGCUGCCGGCUCUCUCUCUUUUACUGGCCCGAUGUCUCAGCGGCGCGGCCGGUCAAGUUCCUGUGGAAGCUGGAACAGGUGUGCGACAGUGAGUGGCAUCACCUUUCACUCAGCGUCCAGUUCCCCUCGGUGACCCUGUACGUGGACGGCGUGACCUUUGACCCCGCCCUCAUCCACGACAACGGCGCCAUCCCCAACCCCGCCCCGCUCCAGCGGAUGUUCAUCGGCGCCUGCUGGGAGCCAGAAGAGAAACAGAAGGAGAUACUGAACAACACCAUCCCAGAGGGAAAGGACUCAGUGAGGUAUGUGGGUGGUUAUCACGGCCUGUUGUCGGGGGUGACCAUCCGCCCCGGCAGCGUGGAGCCUCACAGCGUGGUGGAGUGCCUCUACGCCUGCAGGGAGGGUCUGGACUUUGGGGACCUGGAGACUCUGGGCUCUGGAAUGAAGGUUCACGUGAACCCCAGCCAGUCGGUGCUGGUGCUGGAGGGCGACGACAUUGAGAGCUUCAACCGAGCGGUGCAGCAGGUCACCUACAGGAACUCCCUGCGCUUCGCCACGCCCGGCGUCCGGCCCCUGAAGCUCACCACCUCCCUCAGAUGCUUCAGCGAGGAGAGCUGCCUGUCCCUCAAACAGCUGGAGGGCUACCUGGUGGUGCUCCAGCCGGACGCCCCUCAGAUCUCCCUGUCUGGGGUCGGGCCUCAUCUGGCCCGCCCGGCCCCCGAGUUCGAAGGCCCCCGCGGGGUCCCGCUUUUCCCCGAGCUCCGGAUCGUCUGUUCCCUGUCUCACGCCGUCAACACGGCCGCGCAGGGGAUGGAGGGCGGAGCGCUGAUGUCCGACGCCGUGGCUCACACGCUGGACGGCUGCGAGGUGCAGCCGCUGGGCGAGGAGCUGAACCCGGAGCGCGAGGAGCUGCUGGUCGACAUGGACGUGGUGCGGGAGCGGGGACUGGAGAUCAUCAACACCACGGCUUACAUCGCCAUCACAGGCGCCGAGUCCAUCUCCGUGUAUGAGGACGUCCUGCGUUCCGUCCGCUACCGACUAGCCAAAGGAUCGGCCCGCUUCGAGAGGCGCUUCCGCCUGUCGUGCUCCGAGAUGAACGGCAGAUACACCAGCAAUGAGUUGACUCUGGAGGUGAACUUCCUUCACUCCCUGGACAGUCUGUACCACCCGUCCCACCUCCUGGCUUCUCAGCAGCAGUUCCUCCAUCCAUCCCACCAUGCUGGGGAGCUGAGUGGGCACACCCUGCCAAACCCACACCGCAACUCAGUGGUGCCAGGAGCAGCUACCAUCAUCAUAAUGGUGUGUGUGGGUUUCCUGGUUGUCAUGGUGAUUCUUGGUGUUUUCCGAAUCCGCUCCAUCCAUCGCCGCGGCGAGGGCGCCAGGAGCGGGGCGAAGGAAGGCAGCAGCCAAUGGGACGACUCGGCCCUGACCAUCAUCGUCAACCCGAUGGAGUCGUACGAGUCGCGCAUGGGCAUCUCGGCGGACACCGAGGGGGAGGGCGAGGAGGACGAGGAGGUCGCGGAGUCGCCCGACGACGCCGGUGAUGACCAGCGAAUCAUCAUCAAAAAGGAGGGGAGAGACGGCAACGCCCGUCGCUACUGAGCCACAUGUAUCUCUGCACCAGUUCUCAUGGAAACCACAAACCGGCUCACCAGUCACACACCCCAACACUUUUAAUAUCAACGACUGCUGACACCACUAGUAUAAGGAAUGUAUGCUUACAGACACUACGCACAACACAGUCACUGUAAUACUCUUGACACUCAAUGCCAUAUGUGACCUAUAGCCAACUACGGGCAGUUGUUCUUUACCUAAAUGUUCAAUGGCACAAUGUAUACAGUUGAUGUAAUUUAACCGCCUGAGCAAAACCCCACCAAACCUGUAUGUGGUGCACCAGUUCAAAAUCACACGACGGUCAUGUUUCUGUAUAGUGUAACGCUGGUUGAAUGAGAAUUAUUUGUUUAAAAAAUAAGAAUAAGAUUGUAUUUUAUCUUUUGUUAUCGAACACAGAAUGAAAUCUUUACUAAGAGAGUGGAUCCAUCUGCAACACGCGGGCCACUAAUAGAUGUAACGGCAGAGCCUUGAUCCUGGUGCGUCUGCGCUUUUCCCAUCAGACUGACUAGACAUGUCUGUGCACAAGCUCCAUUCUCACCUCUCUGCAUCCGUUCUCUGCACAUUAACCGCUGAGUGAAGACAGUGAGGUCCCACAGACCGGCCACUUCAUCAAAACAUCAAAAACUAUACGCUCGCAGGUAGUUUCCCUUCCUCUGUCGUGGAAACUCUCCAACUGGAGUCCCUGCAAAGUAUCAGCUCAUGCCACUUAAUGACAAUACAUCCCUGUCUGCCAUAAAACCUCAGAUCUCUUUCCCUGUGACCACUGGAAUGUCUCUGAACGACUUCACUGCACUGUUUCACUCACUGUUCUUACAUUAAAAGCAAGACGUCACAUGUAAACGCACACACACGAACACACUCCAUGACGCUACCCCUGCUGUUUCCAGAAUGUCAGCUCAGCUUGGGCAGUUUUGAUUGUAUUGAUUGUAAUGAAUUUUCUGUACAUACAAUGAUGAAUAUUAUUGUUAUUACUGUUAUUAUUGCAGCCACUCUUAUUUGGCACUUUGAGAGGGAGCAGAUUAUGAUUCACUUUUUUCCUUUAAAGCAUCACAAAACAACAUAAUAAUAAUAAUGAUAAUAAUAAUAGUAGUAGUGAUAAGGAUGAUAAUCUCUGGCUUGAUGAGUGUAUCUUUAUUUGUGUGUUAUAUUGUUGUGAUUUAAAUCUUGUCAAUAUCUGAAUCACAGAAAAGGAGGGCACAUUGUUGUGAUACCUUAAUACUUCUCGUUCAUCUGAUUUUUUCCGGUUCCAAGGCGCUACAACACCUUUUUUUUAAACUUUGUAUCUGUUUUCUGCUCCAUCGGAUAUAUUUUGAUUCAAUGGAUAUACAACUGUGUGCUUCUCUUCACCUCUCCCCGGCCUUCACCUCUCCCUCACUCUCCCUCUGUGUCUCUUGCUGUCUGUCUGUGUAGCCUAUCAAUGUGCAGUGCUAAACCUGUCAGUAAAUAAAGCCUGUCGUUUUUGAGUGUGAUGUUAAGAAGGAAUAAACAUUGCAUUGAUAAAUAACUUACAUUAUUACUAUGUUACUAUUGGAGCAUUACCUGUAAUUAUUAAUACAACGAUGAAAUGGAUUAUGCUGAAUAAUUGUUAUUGAAAACUGUCAGAAAACAUUACGAAAUUCAUAAUAAAAACACUAUGACGUCUCAA